GCCGGAAGUAGGUUUUAAAAUGUCUAAGUGUAGAGCAGUCGUUUGGCCUAAAGUUAUAUUAUUUGGAGACUCCAUAACUCAGUUUUCUUUUCAGCCAAAUGGAUGGGGGGCAGAAAUUGCGAACAAGUUGGCGAGGAAGUGUGAUGUAGUAAACCGAGGGCUGUCCGGUUACAACUCCCGAUGGGCCAAGAUCCUUCUGCCUCGGCUUCUCGGACCUCAGGACUCCACGGAGAGCCACAUCGCAGCGGUCACAAUCUUCUUUGGAGCCAAUGACGCUGCUUUGAAAGAUAAAAAUCCACAGCAGCAUGUACCACUUCAGGAGUAUUCUGAGAACUUAAAAGAAUUCACCAAAAUCUUAGGAUCUGCAGGUGUGUCCACAGACAAAGUCAUCUUCAUCACUCCCCCUCCUAUUCAUGAGUCAGCCUGGGAAAAAGAGUGCAUCAUAAAAGGGUGUGCACUGAACCGGGCAAAUUCAGUGACAGGCCAGUACGCCCAAGCUUGUGUGGAGGCUGGAAGUCAGUGCGGUGUGGACGUGUUGGACUUGUGGACUCUGAUGCAGAAGGAGGGAAAGGAUUUCACAGAGUACUUGUGUGAUGGGCUCCACCUCUCUCAGAAGGGAAACCAGUUUGUGAGUGAGCAGCUGUGGAGGCUACUGGAGAGGCGUGUGAAGGACCUGCCCUUUAUUCUUCCUUACUGGGCAGAUGUGGACGCUGCAAGCCCAGAGAUCAGUCUGCUCUGUGACUGAAACUGCAAGCACCACCGUCAGACCUAGUCGUGCUUUGGUGAUGCAGUAUAUGUGCAGACAAUGUUUAAAUCAAGACCAUGAAAAUGUACAAUAAACAUUAAGUUUUUUUCUUAAAAUAAUCUGACAUUAAAUGCCCCACAGGUAUCAGCUGUAACACUUCCAAUCUCGCAGUGAAAGCCAUGGAUGUCACUAGACCCUUUUUUACUGGGGCACGUGCUUUACUGCACACAGAUACAGAUUACAGGUUACAGUUCUGUUAAAGUGAUGCACAGGUCGACUGUAACCAGCGGGCGGG